AUGACUUCCAACUACAAUCUCAGAAGAGGUGCCAACCCAGCCCAAGACCAGGCGGGAGACACGGCCGGCGAGCCCGACAUGCAGUCUCAGUCGCAGACCCAACCCGGGUUCCAGUCGCAGGCCCAACCCGGGGUCCAGUCGCAAACAAACCAGCAGAAGAGCCAGGAGAGUUCCUUCCAGACCUCGGAAUCCACUAAGCAGACCUCCAGUAACGAUGUCCAAUGGGGCAAUCAGCCUGGAAACUUCAGCGCCUCGGAGACGAAUCCAAAGCCACCUGGAUCGUAUCAUUUGACUAGUGACCAGCUGUCUCAUCCUCAGGAGUAA